UGUAUGCUGAAGCUUGGCAACAUCUUAUCCACAUACGCACACCACAUCAACACCACUUCCAGUUCUGAUAAACCCACAAUCAAACAAAACGAACCAUAAUCCAAAACCAAUAGCCCAAGAAUUUUAGUGCGUGUCUGUGUAAAGAGAGAAAAUGUCAGUGACAUCCUCCAUCCCGUACAUCAAAAUCAAAAUCCCAACUUCCUCACCAUCAUCAUCAUCAUCUUCUUCUUCUUCAUCUUAUACUUCAUCCGCCUCUUCUUCUUACUCCUUUAGAUUCUGUUCAAGUAAGCCUCACACAGUCACCAUAAGAAGCUCCCAAACUGAAGGGCCUCUAAGAAGACCUGUGGCUCCUUCAGUCAGAGAGCCCUCUCCCCCUACUCCUCUCAAGCCCACUCCUCCUUCUCCUCCUCAGUCAUCUACGGUGGCUCCGCCGCCGAAGCCGGCUGCGGUGGCUGUUGGGGACGGUAAGAAUGUAAUAACUUUGGAGUUUCAGAGGCAGAAGGCUAAGGAGCUUCAGGAUUACUUUAAGCAGAAGAAGCUUGAAGAAGCAGAUCAAGGCCCAUUCUUUGGAUUCAUUGGAAAGAAUGAAAUCAGUAAUGGAAGAUGGGCAAUGUUUGGUUUUGCUGUUGGGAUGCUAACAGAGUUUGCAACAGGCUCGGACUUUGUUGACCAAGUAAAGAUCCUUCUCUCCAAUUUCGGGAUUGUAGAUCUGGAAUAACUCUUUUGCUUGAUGCUCAAUGCCAUUUGAUACUUUCUGAUUGUUGUAAUAGCUGUAGUCACAUCCGCUGUUUGAUUUGCAACCUUGUUGAGUUAUUUGUUUAAUUUUCAUCUCCUAUCAUCAACCUGUAUCUUCACUACAGUAUAUAUUUACUGGAUUCCAUUAAUUA